GUUAAAAUGCUCCUCCUAUUUGACAAUGUUCCAGUCCAGUGAUUUUUAAUCGGCGCUGCUUUGCUUCAGUGAGCUGAUUUAUUCGCAAAUACACUACUCGGGUGGAAAUCACAAAAGUCUUUUACAUUUUACUUGCGCUAUUCACUGCUCACCACUUGCAAACCUCUCGUGAGAAGCAACAAGCAGUUGGAAUUCAGCUUAGCUCAAGAACAAAUCCAAAAUUAAGAUGACACGAUGAAAGACCAAAAAAACCCUAGGGAGCAAGCGUCACUGUGGUCACGCCUGACAUUCCGCUGGCUCAACCCACUCGUUGCCUAUGGCAACAAGCAUCCUCUCACACAAUCCGACCUCCCUCCACUUGGCAAAACUGACAAGACCGACCACCUAACAUUACAACUAGAAUUACACUGGCUACGUGAACAGGAGCGUGCUAAGCGCUGCUUUACAAAGCCGAGCCUAUGGCGUGCCUUAUUCGGCCUAACGUCGCUCUCAGAGGUCAUCUUCCUCGAGUUCAUGUUCCUCAUGGGUAGCGUUUCAAUCAUCUCUACUCCCAUCAUGCUCUACUGGCUGCUAGAGACCCUGACAGGGGGUGGAUCGUGGCGUGACGCACUUCCGUUUGCGGUUGGGAUUAGCGUCAUGUCAUACGUGAGAAGCGUGUCAUGGUGUCACGGACUCUAUCGCUGCUCGUUACUGGGCAUGCGCGUCAGGACCGCCAUCACAGGAAUUAUAUACAAGAAGGUGCUGAAUCUCUCCCAAGAGGACCUCUCAGUCAUCACUUCCGGUCACGUGAUGAACCUGAUUUCCAACGAUCUAAACCGGUUUGACCGGGUUAUGCUGUUCCUCCCGCGUUCGCUGACGGGACCUCUGGAAGUUGUUGGUCUGUUCGCGUGCAUGAUUUGGAUCGCGGGAUGGCCUGCCUUAAUCGGGAUUUGCGUCUCCCUCUUGCUUAUAACAUACCAGAUCAUCGGGUCACGGCAGUCUGCAGGGAUACGACUUCAGGGUUCUCGGAUUACGGAUAGGCGUAUAACGCUGGUGAGGGAGAUUAUUAAUGGGAUCCGCACAGUCAAGAUGCAUGCCUGGGAGAAACCGAGCUCUGAUAUCGUCAAACGCACGAGGAAAGCUGAGGUGAACAAAUACCGCUUGAUGUUCACAAUCGAAGCCAUCUUCUCCGCGUUCGAGAAUGCAACCAUAGCAACCUUCACCUUCGUUCUUGUGCUAGUCUUCGCGUUUCGUUCCCAGGACUCCCACGCUAGUGUCCCGGUCAUCUUUUCCAUCAUGGCCAGCUUCUCCUCCAUCCGGGUAUCCGCGCAACGCAUUCUUGGGUACGGCCUCAAAAAGUUUCAAGAUUGCAGCGUUUCUGAGAGGAGGAUACGAGACUUCCUGCAAAGCUCCGACUUUUUCUACAAUAAGAACAAAAAACGACGCAACGCCUUAAGCAGGGGAACAUCAAAGGCAUCAAGCCCAGGCAAGGGUUUAUUUAAAGAAGGGAAAGAGAUAGAGGACGAAGAAAAUGCCAAUUCACCCGUUAGUAGAAGAUUUAUUGAGGUUAAAGACCUUACUAUUAGUUUCCAGAAACACAAAGGAGGAAGGGACGUUUUUUGUGACGUGAAUUUGUCCGUUGAAGAAAAUGAUAUAGUGGCUGUUAUUGGUGCGGUUGGAAGCGGAAAGACAACAUUGUUAUCAGCCAUCUUAGGACAAGUGUCUUGCACAAAAGGGAAGAUCAAGUCACGUGGUACGAUAUGUCACGUGCCUCAAGUGCCCUGGAUUUUUAAUGGCUCUGUUCGUGAGAACAUAACAUUUGGACUUCCUUACGACGAGGAGAAAUACGGACGAAUAAUCGACGCGUGCGCGCUUCGAAAAGACUUUGAGCUUUUUUCGAACGGUGACCUGACGGUCAUCGGAGAACGCGGCGUAGCUCUUAGUGGUGGUCAGCGGGCACGCGUCAGUUUAGCACGCGCGGUUUACGCAGACGCGGAGAUCUAUCUGAUUGACGAUACGCUGAGCGCGCUGGAUGUCAGGGUAGGCAAGCACGUGUACGGGCAGUGCAUUAUGGGACUUCUCAAGGACCGCCUUAGGGUGUUGGUGACGCAUCAGCUCCAGUACCUUGAGGGGUCCGGGAGGGUUGUCAUCAUGGAGAAGGGCACUUCGAGAGAGAACUCCUACGAAGAAUUCGUGGCGAGUAACCCGGAUGUUAAAGCCUCGCUUUCGGGCGAUGAGAGCAAGGAGCAAAAGGAGACGGCCAUCAGUCCGGACGCGCAACCUGAUGAGGGUGCUAGCAAAGGGCUGCUGCUACACGACGAGGAGAGGGAUGUGGGAAAGGUGUCAUGGCGGACGUACUGGCACUACCUGCGCGCGGGAUUCCCGCUACCCGCACUCCUUGCACUUGCCAUAUUCAUCGUCAUGACGCCAGUAAUCGAUAGCGUUCCUGGACUUCUAAUGAGCAAGUGGAAGCACGAGUCAUGGUACGACCAGCACGAUCGACCAGGCAUCGUCACCUACAUCAUCGUCUCCCUGGUCGGUAUCACGUGCCGGUUCCUCCAGCCUUUCCUUGUCUACCAGGCCAUCUUGACAUGCACCUCGGCUCUCCAUAACAAGAUGACUGACGUUAUAAUCAAGUCUCCGGUCCUCUUUUUCGACCGUAACCCCGUGGGAAGGAUUCUGAAUCGCUUCUCUGCUGAUACCGGGUACUUGGAUGACAUCUUCCCAUACGCUGUCGGAAUCACUGUGCUGAUCAUCGACGCCAUCAUAGCCCUCAUCAUCCCGGCUUUUGCCAACCUCUGGUUCGCGCUAGGCUCGCUACCGCCUCUCUUCUUCUAUAUAUGGUAUGGCAAGUACUACCUGCCCGUGUCACGUGAGGUCACUCGUCUCCAGUCCCUCGCUCGGACGCCAGUGUACGCGCACUACUCGUCGUCGAUGGAGGGACUGACCACUAUCAGUGUUCACCAGGCGCAAGAUACGUUCAUGAAUAGUUUGUACGAGCAUCAAGACGAGUUGAGUCAAGCGUGGUUUGUAUAUCUCUUUCAGACACUACAGAUUAACUUUCAGAUACUACAUCAUCUCCAGUGUGUUCAUGACCAUGGUCUCCAUCUGCUCCGUCCUUCUCGCUGCCACGCCUGGCGUGACGGGUUUUGCCAUCGCGUAUGCCAUCAAGAUGCUUGGUAAAACCGACUUUCUGAUUCGAAACAUCGCCGAGACCGAAAACCAGAUGACCUCAGCACAGCGCCUCAUUAGCUAUACAAACCUCCCCCCUGAGCCUUCCUACGACAUUGACCGGCACCCCCCGGAUCGCUGGCCGCUAUCAGGCAUCGUGGAGUUCCGUAAUGUUUCGCUGAGGUAUUACGAAGGAGGGCCUCAAGUGUUGAAGGAAGUCAACUUCCGCAUUGGUUGCCAUGAGAAAGUCGGGAUAGCAGGGCGGACGGGCGCGGGAAAGACUUCAAUUGUCUCGUGUCUACUGCGCAUGCCCGAGGCUACCGGCGAUAUCAUGAUUGACGGGGUGAAUAUCCAUCACGUGACCCUACAGGAGACGAGGCAGGCGAUCUCGGUUAUACAGCAAAACCCGGUCCUGUUUUGUCGAUCGAUACGCGAGAAUCUUGAUCCAUUUGGAAUGUUUUCGGACGCGGAGAUCUGGAACGCGCUGCACAACUCACAACUAGGAACUUUCGUAGGAAAUCUUAACGGAAAGCUGGAUUUUCAGGUCAAAGAAGGCGGGGCAAAUUUUAGCGCUGGCGAGAUGCAGUUGUUCUGUAUGGCGAGAGCAUUGCUGCACAAGAAUAAGAUCAUCGUCAUGGAUGAGGCUACCGCGAAUGUCGACCAAAACA